CCGAGAACUUUGUCUUUUUCGCCUCAGUCGGCAGCUCCAUCAGCUCCUCCGUCAUAGUCGUGCGUUAGGCGCGCACGCUGCCGCCGCGUCAUGUUUCGCCAGGGACGUAGUCGUCGAGUCGCCGUCGUGCGAGCUCAAGUCCAGAUUCGAGGCCGCCCAGGGCAUCCAUGGUUAGUGGGCUCGCUGUCGCUCUCCAGCACCAUUGCCGCAGCCUUCUUGGCCGGCCGGCCGCGCCCGAUCUUGCGAGCAACGCUGCCACCGCGUGGCUUGCGUCCACCGCGCUUGCGCCUAGCCGGAGCAGCCUUGGACGUAUCUUCAUCCUGCUCAUCAUCCUCGCUACUCUUGUUGCCUUGCUCGCCUGGCCACGUCCUCCUGGGCCUUGCCCUCGUCCUCGCUCACUUUAUCGCCUUCGUCGGCCUCUUCUUCAUCCUGCUUCUCCUUUUCAGGCUGCUCAAUAAUAUCCUUGUCCUCCGCCACGUCGUCCUCUUCGCCCUCAUUGCCAUCGUCGUUUUCGCCCUCGUCUUCGCUUUCCUCGCCGCCCUCGUCUGCCUCGGCAGCAAUCGGACUCUUCAGGAUCAUCCGAUUCCUCAGGCUCCUCGACAGCAUCCAUAGCUGACUCUACCUCAGACUCAGUCCCUGAAUCCUCCUCAACUGUGUCAGUAACAACCUGCCUCGCUCCCCUGCCAUUCCUGGUGCGCAUCCUAGGCGCCUGCGCCUGACGGCGACU